AUGGCUCUUUCUAUCAGUAUCUGUUUUCUGAUAUAUUUUUUUAUCUAUCUUUUCAAUGUGUUUCUAUUUAAGUUCAUAUUUCAACUUCUAUCUAUCUAUCUAUCUAUCUAUCUAUCUAUUUGUUUGUUUGUAUCUCUCUGUUUCUAUUCCUUUCUCUCUCUCUCUCUCUCUCAAUAUUGCUAUCUUUCUCACUCUUUGGCUCUCUCUUUUUCUGUCAUCGAUCAUAAACUGAUCUCUCUCUUUAUUUUCUCUCUCUUCCACUCGGUUGCUUUUGCUUUCUCUCUCUUUUUUCCUUUUUACUUUCUCUAUCUCGCAAAAGAGAAAUUUCACUUUCUUCUCUCUUUCUCUUUUUCUUUCUUUUCCUUUUUCUUUCUUUUCCCUCUUUUUCUAUUUUUUUCUCUUUCCCAUUCUUCUUUCACUCUCUUUUUUGCUUUCUUCCUUUCUUUCUUUUACCCUUUUUCUUAUUCUCUUAUCUCAUCUCCAACAGUCUCUCUCUGCCGUGUCUCUGCUGUAGUCAUCUUCAUCUACUUGGGGAGCCUUUCCUCCCUCCUUGGAAUUGUACCUGGGUCUUCUUCUUUUGGUCACCUGAUCAAACCCAUCUCCUUCCUGCUUUGUGUGAGUGCCUCUCACCAUCACUGCUUGUGGGGCAUGGAAAGUCCUCCACCUUCCCUGAAAUUCCACCUGGGCCUUUUCCUCCUCGGUCACCUGAUCAAUCCCAUUCCCUUAGGGUUAGGCGUGGUCUAG